AUGAGCACCGGACCGGAGAGGCCUCUAGGAUCAGCCCAGCCUGAGCAUCCUGUGGUCACGCCAUCCGACAUCCGACACCCGGACGCCGAAGUCUUCGUAGACACUCUGAGGGGUGAUGCCAAGAAGCCUGAGUUUGCGAAAGUACUCUGUGCCAACUGCAGCAGUAGACUCCAGGUUCGACUUGGACCUGUCUUUGCUGGCUCGAUUGAGCAGUCACUCCCAGCCCAAGACCCACUGCGGAAAGAAGCUCUUCUGCAGGAUGACCAUCACCUACCGGCUCUCAUCCAGUCGCUCGAGAAGGUCGUGGAGGAUUCCAACAGGGCUCGAAUCGUCACCAAGGUAGAGGUGUACAAGCUACUCACCAACUCCAAGACGGUUGCGGCUCUGUGA